UACCUCUUCUGAAAACCAAUGUUCUUCUUCUUCUCAACCACAACAUAGUUCAACUACUAAACAUCUGUGUUUCUAUGAUGAGUGGAACUGCUAUGUGGAGAGUAUGUAUAGCUCCUCUACCUUACAGUAUUGGAUUCUUAAUCUACGUUAUCUCUGAAUGGUUUGCCAAUAUCAUUGUUGGAACAGUCCUAGCGGUUGUCUUUCUCCGGGUUCUACACGUAGUGAAGUAUGAGCAAAUGAUUGCGCUGGAUCCUGAAGAAUGGUCUCGGAAGAUUCAGCUUGCCAUCAUGGGAUUCUACGCUAUGAUUGUAGCUAUUCCUGUUCCACUACAGCUUAAAGGAGGAGAUGUGUACCCUCACCUAUCCUUCUAUACUGGAUAUGCUACUCAUCAAAAGAUGAACCCUCACGCUAUCUUGCUCGCGGUCAACACGUUCUUUGUUGCAACUAUUACGCUGGGCUGCUACAUCUUUACUAAAUUCUAUCUCAGGGUCACAAAAAAGGAUUUGUACAUCAGCUUGGAAGUAUAUAAGUAUAAGAAAUUUGAGUUUGUCGCGAGAAAUCAUGGGUCCUUUGCUUAA